CAGGACGAAGAAGGACAGAGGAGAAGAGUGUGGGAGAAGAAUAUGAAAAUGAUUGACCAGCACAAUGAGGAAUACAGCCAAGGGCAACACAGCUUCACGAUGGCAAUGAAUGCCUUUGGUGACCUGACCAGUGAAGAAUUCAAGCAGGUGUUGAAUGACCUUAAAAUCCAGAAGCCUGAGGAAGGAAACGUGUUCCAAGCACCUCUCUUUGCUGAGAUCCCCGCAUCUGUGGACUGGAGAGAGAAAGGCUACGUAACCCCCGUGAAGUAUCAGGGUCACUGUCAAUCUUGUUGGGCUUUUAGUGCGACUGGUGCCCUCGAAGGACAGAUGUUCCGGAAAACUGGCAAACUUGUGAAACUGAGUGAGCAGAACCUGGUGGACUGCUCUUGGCCUCAAAACAAUGAUGGCUGCCGUGGUGGCCUGAUGGAUAACGCCUUCCGGUAUGUGAAGGACAACGGAGGCCUGGACUCAGCAGAAUCCUAUCCGUAUCUUGGAAGGAAUGAAUCCUGCAAAUACAGGCCUGAGAAAUCUGCUGCCAACUUGACUACCUUCUGGAGUGUCUCAAACAAGGAGGAUGGACUCAUGACCACAGUGGCAACUGUGGGGCCCGUCUCUGCUGCUGUAGACUCAAGCCUGCAUUCCUUCCAGUUCUAUAAAAAAGGCAUUUAUUAUGAUCCAAACUGCAGGAGUAACCGCCUGAAUCAUGCCGUUCUGGUUGUUGGCUAUGGCUUUGAAGGAGAAGAAUCGGAGAAUAAAAAAUAUUGGAUUAUCAAGAACAGCUGGGGUACAAACUGGGGCAUGAAGGGCUACAUGCUGUUGGCCAAGGAUCGGGACAACCACUGUGGAAUCGCCACCAUGGCCAGCUUUCCUGUCGUGUGA